AAGCAAGGAAUACGAUGAAGAUGGGUUUAGGAUUUGCAGCUUGGAACGUCUUCCUGUGUCUUCUUCUUUUUAUGAGUGCUUACAGAAGUGGUGCCAAGGAGAUGACUGAUAUACUCUCGCAAAUAGGCCAUAACCAUGAUGCCCUUCAUCAUGUUCAUGCUCAUCAGUCAUCCCACAUGGAUCCUUCAUCUAUGGUGUUCUUCACCAUGAAAGAUCUCAAAAAAGGGAUCACUAUGCCCAUCUAUUUCCGCGUGAAUGAGCUUUCAAAUGUUUUCCCUCAUUUGUUGCCUAGAGAAGAAGCUGAUUCAAUUCCAUUUUCACUGGAACAGCUUCCAUUCCUUCUAAAACACUUCUCCUUUUCAAAAGACUCAACUCAUUAUGAAAAUUUAUGA